AUGAAGGGCUUGAAAAGACCUGCGGCGAAGAAGGUAGACGCCGAGGUUGCCCAGGCUGAGGCACCUCAUCUCGCGCGUGUGGACUGGAAAUCGGAUCCGGGUCUCAGAAGACUUUAUACAUGGGCUUUCAUCAUCUGUAUUGCAUCGGCCACUACUGGCUAUGAUGGAUCGAUGCUCAACAACCUCCGCAUUCUCAACACCUGGACUGACUAUUUUGGAAACCCAACGGGAUCACUCUUGGGUCUCCUAACCGCUCUCUACUCAAUUGGCUCUAUUGCGAGUCUUCCUGUCACUCCUUUCUUAGCUGACCACUUUGGUCGUAAGAUUGCCAUUGCACUAGGAUGCAUCAUCAUGAUUGUGGGAGCCGCCGUCCAGGGCGCUGCCACAAACCUUAAGAUGUUCAUGGCCGGACGAUUCUUCAUGGGCUUUGGCAACUCUCUUGCUCAGCUCUCCUCGCCGCUUCUUCUGACUGAACUCUGCCAUCCUCAACAUCGCGGUCGAGUCACUGCUAUUUACAACUGCCUUUGGAAUGUUGGUGCGAUCAUCUGCACCUGGCUGACAUUCGGCACGAAGCGCAUUGACAACAACUGGUCAUGGCGUAUUCCGGCUCUUACUCAAGCCUUCCCAUCUAUCAUCCAACUCGCUUUCAUCUUCUUCAUCCCUGAAUCUCCACGUUGGCUUAUCGCCAAAGAGCGCAAUGAUGAAGCUCUCCAAAUUCUCGGGAAGUACCAUGCGAAUGGCGACAUCAACAACCCCACUGUGCAAUUCGAGUAUCACGAGAUCAAGGAGACUCUGCGCCUUGAAUUCCAGUACCAGAAGUCUAGCAGCUAUCUCGACUUCUUCAAGACCAAGGGGAACAGGUACAGGUUGUUGCUACUUGCUUCUCUUGGCCUGUUCUCUCAGUGGUCAGGUAACGGAUUAGUGAGCUACUACGCAACGGACGUCUACAAGAGUAUUGGUAUUACCAACUCGGAUACCCAGCUCGGCAUCAACGGUGGCCUUACUAUUCUCUCCCUCAUUGUUUCCGUCUCUUGCGCUCUACUAGUUGAUCGUGUUGGAAGACGUCCUCUUUUCAUCACUGCCACCGCAUCCAUGUGUGUGACGUUCAUUCUCUGGACCAUUUGCUCCUCGGAGCAGGAGACCAAACACAGCGAAGCCGCUGGUCGAGCUGUGAUUGCAUUCAUUUGGAUCUUUUCGGUUGCAUAUGCCCUGGCUUGGUCUGGACUGCUCGUCGCCUACACAGUCGAAAUCCUGCCUUUCAAGAUUCGUGCCAAGGGUCUCAUGUUGAUGAAUUUCUUCAUCCAAGUUGCCCUCACUAUCAACCAAUACGUCAAUCCACUUGGUUUCGAUCACUUAAAGCCAAACUGGAAAUUCUAUACCAUCUACUCGGUAUGGCUUUUCCUCGAACUACUCUUUGUCUCCUUCCUAUACGUUGAAACCCGCGGCCCAACUCUCGAAGAAGUUGCUAAGAUCUUCGAUGGUGACGACGCUGAAGUCGCGCAUGUCGAUAUUGAGAAGAUCGAGAUGGAGAGCGUUGUUAUGACCAGUGGGUUUGAGAAGAAUGGUAUAACUGUCAAGGUUGAGUCUACUCGAUUGCUGAUUCAUUCUGACCUAUGA